GUCACCUGCCUGAUCUGCCGGACCGAGUCGAAAAAGCACGACCCGUUUCUGGACCUAUCGCUGGACAUUCCGGACCGGUUCGCCAGCCAACGGAAGAACAAAGAUGGCGAGCAGCAGGCCAUGUGCUCUCUGGCAGAUUGUCUCGACCUGUUUCUGGACGUGGAAGAGCUGGCCGACACAGAACUCUACUACUGCAAUAACUGUAAACAGCGGCAAAAGUCCACCAAAAAAUUCUGGAUACGGCGCCUACCAAACGUGCUUUGUGUGCACGUGAAGCGGUUCCGCUGGUGCAACAACUACCGAACCAAGCUGGACGUGCCGCUAGCGUUCCCGGUGCGGGCGCUCGACAUGUCCUCCUACCUGCUGGGAAAGGUUCCCGAGACGCGCCGCUCGGCGGCCGGGGGUCAGCUGUACGACCUGGCCGCCGUGAUCGUACACCACGGCUCCGGAGCGGGGAGUGGACACUACACGGCCUUUGCCAGCAACGCAGGUGGGUGGAGAGGGGAGAGGGGGAG